UGCAGGAAUGAUUGCGACUAUCAGUCUGAAGCUCACCGCCUGACUGAGGAGGUGAAAGUUGCGCCACAGGAAGAUAAACCGCAAAAGACAAUAUUGCACAUGAUUUGCGUGUGCAUCGGAUGAGCAGGAGAGAGGAGAUUCCUCUCCGCUAAAAAGUAAAUAGAAAUAGGGGAUCGGAGUUUGCCUUGCACACUUAAGUCAGAGAAAUAGGAAGCAGAGACAGUUGUUAGAGAUUCUUCCUCUCUCAGUCUCCUCAGCUGCAGACUGAAGAUGCUCUUGGACGCAGGACCACAGUAUCCCACCAUUGGAGUGACUACUUUCGGCUCCGCCAGACAUCACUCAACAGGCGAAGUUACAGACAGAGAAGUGGCUCUGGGCAUCAAUCCGUUCGCCGAUGGCAUGGGCGCUUUUAAAAUCAACCAUGGCACCCACGAUCUAGGCUCUGGGCAGACGGCAUUUUCCUCGCAGGCGCCCGGCUACGCCACCGCCGCUGCCCUAGGACACCAUCACCACCCCACUCAUGUCAGCUCUUACUCCACCGCCGCCUUCAACUCCACUCGGGACUUUCUCUUUCGGAACCGGGGCUUCGGAGACGCCACGAGCGCGCAGCACGGUCUGUUCGCCUCCGCCGCUGGAAGUUUCGCCGGGCCACACGGACACUCUGAUGCCGCCGGGCACCUGCUCUUUCCGGGACUGCACGAGCAAGCGGCCACGCACGCCUCCUCCAACGUGGUGAACAGUCAGAUGCGCCUGGGCUUUUCCGGGGACAUGUACAGCAGGGCCGAGCAAUACGGCCACGUCGCGAGUCCCAGGUCCGAACACUACGCCUCGUCCCAGUUGCACGGCUAUGGCCCCAUGAACAUGGCUGCCCAUCACGGGGCAGGGGCCUUCUUUCGGUACAUGAGACAGCCUAUAAAGCAAGAGCUCAUCUGCAAAUGGGUCGAACCCGAGCAACUGUCAAAUCCGAAAAAGUCCUGCAACAAAACUUUCAGCACCAUGCACGAGCUCGUGACCCACCUGACGGUGGAGCACGUUGGGGGGCCAGAGCAGUCGAAUCACAUUUGCUUUUGGGAAGAAUGUCCCCGGGAAGGAAAACCGUUUAAAGCAAAGUACAAACUUGUUAAUCACAUUCGAGUGCACACCGGAGAGAAACCGUUUCCGUGUCCGUUUCCCGGCUGUGGAAAAGUAUUUGCCCGAUCGGAAAAUCUGAAAAUUCACAAAAGAACACACACCGGUGAAAAACCCUUCAAGUGUGAGUUUGAAGGCUGUGACAGGCGCUUUGCGAACAGCAGUGACCGUAAGAAACACAUGCACGUCCACACCUCUGACAAACCCUAUCUCUGCAAAAUGUGUGAUAAAUCCUACACACACCCCAGCUCCCUCCGGAAACACAUGAAGGUUCACGAGUCAACAUCUCAAGCACCUCAACCCUCUCCAGCAGCCAGCUCGGGCUACGAGUCCUCCACGCCACCCACCAUCGUGUCCCCUUCCACAGAAAAUCAGAGCAGCAGUUCCAUAUCACCAGCAUCAUCCACAGUCCACCACACGAGCAGCCACAGCACGCUGUCGUCAAAUUUUAAUGAAUGGUACGUGUAAAUAUUUUCAAAAGACUGCAGAAUUGAGACUGCUUGGUGGGAAUCAAGACUCAAAAGUCAGCCUGUUCGCGCGUGGACCUACAUACACACAAUGUGAAGAAUCCGAAAGCUCUUCAGAAAUUGCUGUCUAGAGAGAUCGGUGCAUGGACGGAGUGUGCAACGCUCUUAACAGCCGAAUUUUUCCACCAUUUCUUUCCUCUGUUUUUUUAUAUAUAUAUUUUUAUUAUUAUUAUUAUUAUUCUCCUCAUAUUUCCGGGACUGUACAGAGAACUCCAGUUGCAUGCUACCAGCAGGUCACAGACUGUGUUUUUUUUUUUUUUUUUUUUUUGUACAUAAAGAUUCACUUAGUUUAAAAUGUAAUAUUUUAUUUUGUAAAUAGUCAUAAUACAGUUUAAGGGAAUUUGAGAAAAUGUGGUCACAGAUAUAUGGCCAAUGAGAUGGUUUUACGAAUAUUGCGAUGAAUAGUCUUAACUGAAAAGAAUGUUAUAUUUAAUGUGUACCAAAUGUGAAUUACCCAGUAUUACCACAGUCUACACGUUUACCUAACCGAUUAGUAUUAAUGUGCUUUUGUAUCCAGUGCAACAUUUCGUCUUCAGUCCAGUCUGAGUAGUACACAGUUGUUGUUCUUUAAUGUCAUGUCGAUAAACCGUGUAGUGAAAGCCUGAAGCUCCGUGUCAAUCUUGUUUAUGUAAGUGAAAAGAAAAAUAUAUAAAACUAUUUGUCUAUUGCAUUGGCAAUUGCAAGAAAUGAGUCCUUGUAUAUAACUCAGUUUUCCAUAUGUAUCCGCAUGUAAAGGACCGGUAACAUGUUAGAGAUAAUCGAUAUUUAUGGAGAAUGCGUUCUUAGGGUAUGUCAAAUUUAGUUUACAAAAUAAUGUUUGGUUACUUUUCGUACAAUAUUAAAGAAUGAAACGUACCACAAAAAAAAAAAAAAAAAAAAAAAAAAAAGAAGGCCUUCGAUAUCUUAUUUCUCAUAUGUACUCUAGCGAUUGAAUAAAUAUCAACAAAGAAAACAUCACAAGUAAUUUCUGUAACCUAUUUAUUUAUGUUUAUUUAUUUGAAUGUUUAUCAUUUUGAAAUAAAUUGAGGCUUAAUUAAAACAUCACACAAUUGCAGCAUUAGCCUCUGGUGACAAGUAUCUAAAGGACAAGAGUCAGUCUUUAGGAUUGAACCCCUAACAUGGAAACAAUAAGCCAAAGUGACUAUUCUAAAUAAACCAAUUCCUGCUCUAGUUAGUUUAUAUUACUAAUGCUGCAGGGCAGGACGAAUUUUGUAUGUAUUUUUUGGAGUAAUUUAAUUUUAACUCUUGUAACCCUCAUUAUUCUGGGGGAGUAAAAUUGACCUCGUCCCUGGAGUAACGCUGUAAUGCAUUAAAAAGACAAAUCGUGACGGAUUUACUUAUCUUAACACUCUUCAUGCCCUUAUGCAAUUAUCCUUGUUUGGAACCAGUAUAUGGUAAGAGUGGAGGAUUUGAAACUUAACCAAGGAGAGAGUGAGUGUCUGUUGGGCUUUUGUUCUCGGUUGCAACUUGCUUGAUCGCCCCAUUAGGCACAUCAAGAUCAUGAGCGUGCUUAAUAUCACCAGUGCGCAAUUCUCACUGAGGGACUGCGCCAACUACACACGACUCUGUUUGGACAUUACGAUCUACAAUAUGAUUUCAAAAACUAUUGCGUCCCUCCCCUUCACGGUCAAAAAGUUUUGCAGAAUGAGAGAUGUAUAGGCUUCUUAUGCAGGGAGGGUGCAAGCACGUGGUCAGUACUGUUAGUAGUAUGCAUGCCUGCAACUUUGCUUGUGUGUCUCAGAUAACACAAGAUCAUUAGCAUUUGCAAAUUUAAGCUGUGCCCUAAAGCUAUGAAACUAAUGAAUCGAGCAUUGCAGUGUUGCUAAUUCGUGGGCAUUUGGAUUUAUUUUUGUUUUCAAAUGCGACUCGACAACAUGUUCGUUGAAAAGAAGAGCUUAGUCGCUUAAAGGAAAAAUGCAAUACACACUAGAGUGUUUACUUGUUCCUCUCGGGUGUGCACUAGUUCAGGCGUGCACGUGCAUGCGCGUGAGAAAUAGCCGCCCGACUUCGGGAAAAUCUAAACAUAUUGGCACAUCAUACAGUAGCGGCGAAUACUGAAUACAUUAUGUCUGAGGUGAUUUUUUUUUUUUUUUUUUUGUAAAUAUCUUCAUAUUCUCCUUCCACGGGUUAUUAGGUUUUGAGAUAUGUGAAUGAUGGUAAUAAAAUGAAUUGUUCGACUCUAUUUAACACUCUAUCUAUUCAAACGUCCUGGUACAUAUGCAUUCAUGCACCGUUAGAGUAGCAGAAAGUGUUAUGUAUUGAUCCGUACAAUGGAAUGCACAUUUCUGACAAUAGUCGUUUCAAUUGCCCGUUAUCCUCGUUACUCCUAUUUUCCUCCCUAUCUUGCAUAAUUCAUGCUAUCCAUGGACAACGACGUUGCAUGAGGUUAUGUAAGAUUAUUUGAUGGAUGUGAUUAUUAACUAAAAUAGUUGUGUCUGAUUUGUGUCCCAUUGUCCUAUCCUAACAUGCACAUUAAUGCGAACUGACUUGGUCAUCCAAAAAGAGGUCAACAGUUAUUUAGGUGCCUGUUUACAUAAUAUUAAACGCGCACAACAUGCAACAGCCGUCAGAAUCGUUUUCAUUACGAUUUUUACACAAAAACCGCAUUCAUUAUUUACAAUAUGUUCGUAUAUCAUUUUCACUGGUAUAAAACUGUACAUAUAUGGAACAUAUAUUUCAAACAAAAACAAAAAAAAUGUCCGUUUUCAUAUAUGUAACAAAUCUUUCCAAAUACUAUUGGAAUUCGAAUAUUUGUACAUUUAUGCACAAAUAUAUGAACUAUAAUUAUAU